AUGGAAAUGUGCAGUAACUUCGAUGCCUACGAGCUUCGAAGGCUUACUCGCCGAUUCAAAAAGCUAGAUGUCGAUGGAUCAGGUUCUUUGUCUGUUGAGGAGUUCAUGUCAUUACCGGAGCUCCAACAAAACCCUCUUGUACAAAGGGUAAUCGAUAUAUUCGAUGAAGACGGAAAUGGAGAAGUGGAUUUUCGGGAAUUCAUUCAGGGAAUUUCCCAGUUUAGCGUCAAAGGAGACAAAAACACCAAAUUGAGAUUCGCGUUCCGUAUUUACGAUAUGGACCGAGACGGGUAUAUUUCAAACGGUGAACUGUUUCAGGUUUUGAAAAUGAUGGUUGGAAAUAACUUGAAAGACUCGCAGCUCCAGCAAAUCGUCGACAAAACCAUUCUAUUCCAUGAUAAAGAUGGCGACGGAAAGAUUUCGUUCCAAGAGUUUUGCGACGUUGUCGAACACACCGAAGUGCACAAGAAAAUGGUCCUCGAGAAUAUUUGA